UUUAAUUUCUCUCUGAAAUUUUGUCUAGUUACGAUCAAUGGCCUCUAAAUUAUUAUUUGCAUUUAUCUGCAUUCUUCUUCUCUCCAUUUCUGCUCAGAGCUACACCCGUCGUGUUCGCGCUCCUUGCAAAGAAAUGGUGUUUUACUUUCAUGACAUUGUUUACAAUGGUGAAAAUUAUAAAAAUGCGACUUCAACCAUAAUUGGCGCACCAGAAUGGGGCAAUAGGACCAUAAUGGCAAGUCCUAACAAUUUUGGGGACUUGAUUGUAUUUGAUGAUCCAAUUACACUCGACAACAAUUUACACUCAACCCCAGUUGGAAGGGCACAAGGCAUGUAUUUUUACGAUCAAAUGGACACUUUUAGUUCUUGGCUUGGUUUCUCUUUUGUGUUUAAUAAUACAGAUUAUAAAGGAAGCUUGAAUUUUGCUGGCCAUGACCCUUUGAUGAACAAAACUAGGGACAUUUCAAUAAUUGGUGGAACUGGUGAUUUUUUCAUGGCUAGAGGAAUAGCCACUUUGAGCACUGAUGCAUUUGAAGGAAGUGUUUAUUUUCGACUUCGCGUCCACAUUAAGUUGUACGAGUGUUGGAAAUUACUCUAGUUCCGCGUUUUGUUUUCUUGAUCAUUUGCAUUUAUGUGCUUGUUGAAAAGAUGUAUAACCUCAAUUUGAGGGUCAAGAACUGUUUCUUGACUUCAAUUUCCUUUUUAUUUUCAUGAGUUGCAUAUAUAUGUGUGGUCAUUGAUUGUACUGUUUCAGCCUUCUGUUUCUGUACGGAGGUUUCGAUUUAAA